AUGGUACUGAUUUUAUGCGGAUUUACGUCGCAUUGUUCGCCUUGCAGGCCUGGAUCAGGAUGCGACCAGCUGGGCGUCGUUCGCGGUCGAGUGGAGCCGGCUGACGUGGUCCUUGCUGGCGGUCAUCUCCAGACUCACCUCACGCUUCAUCGACCCUCGCCACGUCGACGCCGACGAGCAGCAGCUCACCAAGCGUCUCAACAUCAGGCUGUUCGAUCUCAUCAACAAAGAAAGGGUCACAGGAGCCAUACUUAUGCUGUUCUAACUGUGCAGAUCAUUCCGUCAUUGAGCAACAUGACGAAAUUCUUCCAGGCUCGUCCUGUUCGGCCACCUCCCAAUAUGCCUGAUCACGACUACAAAUGGAUUCAGUUUUAUGGUUUAUUGGCACCUACGCUCACUACUUUACACAACCUCUAUUCACAACUUGAUACACCAGUACAGUCCCUCGACACGGCUAUCGCUACGUUUUCAGAGACGGAGCUGCGUCCAUGUGUGGAGUCUUUUCGUGAGCUGUACAGGUCAUACUCGUUAGGAAUAUUCGCUUCGUUGAGGAGAGCGCAACUCGACCGAAUGGCGAAUUUCAGCGAAAUUCCCGACGAGAAAUUGCUAGUGGUCACAGCAUACUACACGUCCAUGUUGUAUACAUUGGGAGUUCUCGCAUCCAGAUUACAGAGUAAAAGUUCUGCACGAAGAGUGACACUGGUGAGAAAUAACUUCAAUGAUGCUGAGAUAUUUGCGAAACUCCGGACCGGUUUUCGAUUCGAAUGGCAGUGCAAGUUUCCAUACUCAAUGAGCGAUCCUGUUCGGAACCUACUCGACAUCGUCUACUUAGCCGUAGACCAACUUGUAGCCGACUGCCUGUUCGCCGCCGAGCCAGCAACCAAUGCUAUUCUUGUCACAAACAACCUAUUCCCCUUCAACUGCGACAGUCUUGCGCACGCCGUAGUGUUUAAACAAUUCGACGUACAAAUCGUCAGCGAAGAGACAGCACAAGCUAUUCAGGUCAGUUGCACGACCAGCAUUCAGGACACCUACAGUAGUUCCACUUUGGCUUGA